AUGAGUCUAUCAUUUAUAGAUUAUUUAUCUAUUAUCGAAGAUGAACAAACUGGAGAAAUCAUUCUGAACGAAGAUCGUAUAGAUCAUAUACUUACUGAAUAUCGAGACCUCUAUGCUCAGAGUAAUCCUGACUUAACUGAAACUCAACGCAAAGAAGAAACAUUAAACAAACUAGCGAACAAAUUAGAUCUGUUGAAUAGUCGAAAAAACAUGGAAUAUUUAGAUAUCUGCAUCAAGGAAGAAACACUAGCGGAUGCCAAACUUGAAGUUAUUAACAAAUUUUUAGGUUCUGUAGAAUAUCUAGAUUACAACACCGUCGUCACCGAACAACAAAAUCACGUUGAAGAUGACAGAGUUGCUAAUGCUCCAGUAGAAAAACCAGAAUUAAAGCAAACCGUAGAUGAUUUUAUGGAAAAUUUUCUCUUUCGACAAAUACAAGACGAAAAUGGUCAAGCCAUCAAAGUUAAAACUACAAAACCACUUGCCGAUAAUGCCGUACAUAUCUUACCGAAAGGAACAAUACUCGAUUUAUUCAUUCGACAACAAUUAACCGAACGUGGGAAUAUUACAUUCAAACGUACUCGGACAAAAUUUCGUCUAGUUGAACCAGUUAGUCUAACCGAUGAAUUCGACUCAUGGACAUUUGACAAUUUCCAACAAAUCUUCGAUUUUUGGUUAACUGUUGAUCCCCACAAUAAUCAACAAAAAACAUUCCCUACUCGUUGGAAACUAGAUCCACGUGCUGUGAUUAAUUAUAUCAUUGGUACUGUUAGUGAUGAAACAGGCACACGAAUUCAACGUCCUAGUACAAAAUCAUUAGAAAAUUUCAUUCGUGAUGUUUGCACGAUUGAAGAUAAUGGAAUGGCAGAGGAAUGGUUUGAAGCAUUAACUACCGAUGAAGAUAUUCUUACUUAUGCACAUUUAAGUAAUUUAACAAUGCCAGAAUGGGAAAAAAUUCGAAAGUUACCAAUGAAUGCUUUGAAAACAAUUAAAUUCUAUAUCGAUCAAGAAAAAAAUCUUACUGCUGCUCGGAAAGUUUCAACAAUCAAAGAAAAAAAGAAAGAUAAUCAAUUAACUUAUUCGGAAUUAUUAGCUAAACUUCAUAUGAUCAAACUUUUUCUCAUUCAUCAAUUGAAUGGUGAAAAUGGUAUUGAAGAAAUUCCUCAUCUUGAAGGUAAAUGUGUUGAACAAGCGUUUAUUGAGAUGCAUACAGAAGGUUAUGAAGACGAUGGACUUUUUGAUGAUAUGAAACUCUUCUUUCAACCAUUAACAAUCACUGAUGAAGAAUUAAAAAUUAAUCAAAAUGAACUUAUAAACGCGAAUAAACAAGAACAAAAUGAAAUAAAAAAAUUAGAACAAGAAAUCCAAGACUUGAAUGAAAAAUACAAUCAAGUCAAUCAACAACUGCAAGAUCUCGUUCAAAAAAUGAUGAAAAAAAAAGCUGAAAGAGAUGAAUUAUUUGAAAGACAUGAAACAGCAAUGAAAGAAAACAUGUCAUAUCAAGAACGAACACGAAGAAAUUUAGAAUGGUGUCGAAAAACAUCUGAGAUGAAAAAGGAAAUUGAUACAUUUAAAAAACAAAUAACAGAAAAAGAAAAUGAAUUAAAAGAUAUUGAAACACCACAGAUGGAAAAAGACAAUCGACGGGAUACAAUCAAAGCACUUCUCGCCAAACAACAAACAAAAAUUGAUAGAAGUUUAAUUCAACUACAUCGAGGGUUUAUUAUGUAUGGACCACCAGGUACUGGUAAAUCCCAUUUAAUGAGUAAAUUAUCCAGUAAAAUCGGUAUUGCAAUGUUAGCUCCACCAUUAGCAUCGGGUAAUCUUGAACGUUCAUUAGUUGGUCAAUCUGAGGCAGUCAUAUCAAGUCUUUGUCGACGUGCAAAACGCCUCCCACAUUUAAUUUGUUGUUUAUCAAUUGAUGAAAUUGAUUCAUUAGCACCGCGACGUGAUGAAAAAUCUUCCGAAGGAAAAGUCUCAAAAAUUAGUGUACUUUUGAGUGUACUUGAAGGGGCUGAAAAUGUUCCGAAUUUAAUGUUUUUUUCUGCUACGAAUUUAUUACAUCGAAUGGAUGAAGCUUUCUUACGGAGAAUGUCUGGCAAAUUUUUCGUUGGUAGACCAUCAUCUGAAUCAAGAAAAAAAUUACUAGGUAAACUACCUAAAACCAUGUUCAAACCUAUGGUAUUGGAAAAAUUAGCCACAGCAACCACGAAUUUUAGUGGUUCUGCUCUAACGAGAUUGAAUAGUGAAAUUACUACACAUCAUCGUUGUCAACGUCGAGAUAAUCCGAAUUAUGAAGUGACUGAAGAAGAUGCACUUAUCUUAGCAGAUCGAACAGCUCGUCAUUACCAGUUAUAUCUUGGUCUUGAUACCUUACCAAGAUUACAAUUGCGUAAUUUAUACGAUCGAAAGAAAUUGUCACAAGUACGCGGUCAAUCGAACAAGGAAGAUAAUGAUUCGGAAGCAUUUCAUCUACCAAAAAAAUGUACAUUUACUGGUAAAAUUGUUAUUAGUCUUAGUGAACGUCAAGUACGAAUUGAAUGUAUUGAUGAAUUCAAUCAACGAUAUAUUAUCGAAGAUAAAUUUCGAGAAACUGAACAAAAUCUUCAACAACUUCUCGAACGCAUCACUGCUUAUGGAACUGAUCGAAAUGUCCAAUUAUUACAAUUAAUUGAUUUAAAUCUCCUCUCAUCGAAAGGUGCAUAUGAUGAACAAAAAGUAUCCGAAAUCUUAAAAGAAUGUUAUGAUGAAUGUACUGCUUAUAAACGUUCAAUGAUUGUCUAUGAUCUUGAUUCAUUAAUUGGUGUAAAUAAAUCUGAAAGUGAUUCUUCCAUGGGUACAUCAGUUAGUUCAUCGAUUAUCAAUCAACAUAUCUAUGUUUAUGUUACUAAUCGAUUUCAAGAAGCCAAAAUUGAAAAUUCAAAUCCCGAUGUAAAAGCAAGAACUGAACGAUGGGCUGUAGCUAUUGUAAGAGAUAUGUUUCUUCUGAAGAAAUUUACAAGUGAAGUAGAUUUUACACCAACUGAUGCACAACAAGAUAAAGAAGAAGAAGAUGAACGAAAAUCAACUCAAGUUAUUGCCUGUGUUAAAUGUGGGGAAAGUUAUAUUGAAAACGAAAACAAAUUAGGUAUUUGUACACAUCAUGAUGGAUUUGUUUAUGAUAAUGCUAGAGAAGACUUAAAAAAAUAUCGAUUAAGUGAAGCGAUUGAAUUAUUAAAUCUAGAAGAAUAUAAAGCUAUGAAUGCAAAUCAAAAGGAGAAAGAGGAGUUUGAACGAAAGAAAACACGAAUGAAAUUUAUUUGUUGUGGUGCUGUUGUUCAAACUGGUGGAAAUAAUGGUGGAUGUAAAAAACUUAAGCAUGGUUUUGAUCAUCCAAACCAACGAAGAACAAAUCGACAUGCUUUACUGGAAGAAGAUAUUAAACUAUGGGAAGAUGCAUGUUUUGAAAACAUUUUCUAUAAUGAUCAACGAGUCAAAUUAAUUGAAAAAAGACAACUAAACCAAUAA